CGGGGCGGGGAGCAGGCUGGGAGCUGCGGGGAGGGCAAACUUCCCGCGGGCGCGCGGAGCGAGGACGGUGACAGCCACGCGCGCGCGUGCGUGCCCUGCUACCGCGCGGCCCCGCGACCCCCGUAGGCAGCCGAGAGGCGCGCCGGGUCUGGCAGCCGCUGUCUAGGAUUCCUGUCCCCGGGCGUGCCCGACGUCCCCGGCUCCACUCUCAGAGUGUCGGGCCUGGCCCGCCCCGUCGGCUCCUGUAGCGUCUCCUCCUUGCCGCCGUCCGGGCCUGCCCCGCAACUCCCCUUUUCUGCUCCUGGGGCAGGGUCCUCGCGGCCCAUGCUGGCCGCUGGGGACCCACGCAGCCCAGAUCGCUCUUGGGCCGGCCAGCCGGCCACCAUGGUGGCCCUGAGGCCUGUGCGGCUCCUCCAGGGGGGCUAACAGGUCCAGAGCAGAGGCUUUGGGGCGCGAGGGUCCCGGGCCUGAGCCCCGCGCCAUGGCCGGGGCCAUCGCUUCCCGCAUGAGCUUCAGCUCGCUCAAGAGGAAGCAGCCCAAGACGUUCACCGUGCGGAUCGUCACCAUGGACGCCGAGAUGGAGUUCAAUUGCGAGGUGAAAUGGAAAGGAAAGGACCUGUUUGAUUUGGUGUGCCGGACUCUGGGGCUUCGGGAAACCUGGUUUUUUGGACUACAGUACACAAUCAAGGACACCGUGGCCUGGCUCAAAAUGGACAAGAAGGUGCUGGAUCAUGAUGUUUCAAAGGAGGAACCGGUCACCUUUCACUUCCUGGCCAAAUUUUAUCCUGAGAAUGCUGAGGAAGAGCUGGUUCAGGAGAUCACACAACACUUAUUUUUCUUGCAGGUGAAGAAGCAGAUUUUAGAAGAAAAGAUCUACUGCCCCCCUGAGGCUUCUGUGCUCCUGGCUUCUUAUGCCGUCCAGGCCAAGUAUGGUGACUAUGACCCCUCAGUGCACAAGCGGGGGUUUUUGGCCCAAGAGGAAUUACUUCCAAAAAGGGUAAUAAAUCUAUACCAGAUGACUCCGGAAAUGUGGGAGGAGAGAAUUACAGCUUGGUAUGCAGAGCACCGAGGCCGAGCCAGGGAUGAAGCUGAAAUGGAGUACUUGAAGAUAGCUCAGGACCUGGAGAUGUAUGGUGUGAACUACUUUGCGAUUCGGAAUAAAAAGGGCACAGAGCUGCUGCUUGGAGUAGAUGCGCUGGGACUUCACAUCUAUGACCCUGAGAACAGGCUGACCCCCAAGAUCUCCUUCCCGUGGAAUGAAAUCCGAAACAUCUCGUACAGCGACAAGGAGUUUACUAUUAAACCACUGGAUAAGAAAAUCGAUGUCUUCAAAUUUAACUCCUCAAAACUUCGUGUUAAUAAGCUGAUUCUUCAGCUAUGUAUCGGGAACCACGACCUAUUUAUGAGAAGAAGGAAGGCUGAUUCUUUGGAAGUUCAGCAGAUGAAAGCCCAGGCCAGGGAGGAGAAGGCUAGAAAGCAGAUGGAGCGACAGCGCCUAGCUCGAGAGAAACAGAUGAGGGAGGAGGCUGAGCGCACAAGGGAUGAGUUGGAGAGGAGACUGCUACAGAUGAAAGAAGAAGCGACCAUGGCCAACGAAGCACUGAUGCGGUCAGAGGAGACAGCCGACCUGUUGGCUGAAAAGGCCCAGAUCACUGAGGAAGAAGCCAAGCUCCUGGCGCAGAAGGCUGCAGAGGCAGAGCAGGAGAUGCAGCGCAUCAAAGCCACAGCCAUUCGGACAGAGGAGGAGAAGCGCCUGAUGGAGCAGAAGGUGCUGGAGGCUGAGGUCCUAGCACUGAAGAUGGCUGAGGAGUCAGAGAGGAGGGCCAAGGAGGCAGAUCAGCUGAAGCAGGACCUGCAAGAAGCACGUGAGGCAGAGCGAAGAGCCAAGCAGAAGCUUCUGGAAAUCGCCACCAAGCCCACAUAUCCGCCUAUGAACCCAAUUCCAGCACCGUUGCCUCCUGACAUACCAAGCUUCAACCUUAUCGGUGACAGCCUGUCUUUCGACUUCAAGGAUACUGACAUGAAGCGGCUUUCCAUGGAAAUAGAGAAAGAAAAAGUGGAAUAUAUGGAGAAGAGCAAGCAUCUCCAGGAGCAGCUCAAUGAGCUCAAGACAGAAAUUGAGGCCUUGAAACUAAAAGAGAGGGAAACAGCUUUGGACAUUCUGCACAACGAGAAUUCAGACAGAGGCGGCACCAGCAGCAAGCACAAUACCAUUAAAAAGCCUCAAGCCCAAGGCAGAAGACCUAUCUGCAUUUGAGCCCUCAAAGUAGGUUAUUCCCAGCUCACUUUGCAGAGUGCCAAGUCCCGAGUGGCCUUCUUUGAAGAGCUCUAGCAGGUGACCCGGCCACCCCAGGAUCUGCCACUUCUGCUGCUACUGGCACCAGCGGGAUGGGUCCAACACCAUGGAAACCAUCCAAAGGGGGCUGCCUGGGGGCUCCUGUGGGAGCUCCAGAAUUUCCCCCAGCUUAGUGGAGAGCCCAACCCCCUUCAUGUGCAAUUGCCUUUGAACUAUGACCCUGUAGAGAUUUCUCUCAUGGUGUUCUAGUUCUCCUGACCUGCGAUUUUAAUUUUUUUUUUGAGAAGUGUUUGUCUUUUUUUGUUUUAUGUGGGAUCCCAUAAUUCCUUUGUUCCGGCACCAUGGUGCGUGUGUCUGCCCAGGGCUGACCUCCAUAGCCUUGUCUAGGAAGUGGUUUUAGGGGGUGAAGUGCAGGGGCGUCCUGGAGGCCAGGAGGCUGGUCUUACCACCCCACCCUGCCCAGGGUUCCAGAACGUCCAUCCCCUCCACGGACAAAGA